AUGUUCUAUGUGUUCUGUCAGGUGUUUAAUGAUCCCAUCCACGGGACGGUGGAGUUACACCCACUUCUCAUCAAAAUCAUCGACACACCUCAGUUCCAGAGACUGAGAAACAUCAAGCAGCUUGGAGGGGUCUACUUUGUUUACCCUGGAGCAUCCCACAACCGCUUUGAACACUCCAUUGGGGUGGCGCACUUGGCAGGUCAACUUGUUGAAGCUCUGCGUACAAGGCAGCCGGAACUCGACAUCGAUGACAGAGACGUCCUUUGUGUGAAGAUUGCUGGUCUCUGCCAUGACCUGGGACAUGGACCCUUUUCCAAUCUGUAUGAUAACAUGUUCAUACCCAAAGUACAACCAGAAAAUGAGUGGAAGCAUGAAGAAGCCUCUGUAGAGAUGUUUGACCAUCUGGUGGAAUCUAAUAAUCUGGAGCUGGAGAUGGAGGACCAUGGUCUGAUUCUGCCCGAGGACAUGGAUUUCAUCAAAGCGAUGAUUGAAGGACUGAAGGACCGUAAACCAGUCCAGGUCAGUCCUGCCUGUGUAAAUUUAUGGUCAGAGAUUGGUCGGACAGAGGACAAAUUCUUCCUGUUUGAAAUCGUGGCCAACAAAACCAAUGGCAUUGAUGUGGACAAGUUUGACUACUUUGCCAGGGACUGCUACCACCUGGGCAUGAAGAACAACUUUGACCAUCUCCGCUUCAUACAGUUUGCCAGAGUGAUUAAAGUGGAAAAAGACGGGCUGAAUCACAUCUGCAGUAGAGACAAGGAGGUGGGCAAUCUGUAUCACAUGUUCUACACCAGGAACUGUCUCCACAGAAGAGCCUACCAGCACAGAGUGAACAAGAUCAUAGAGCAUAUGAUCGCAGAGGCCUUUUUAGAAGCAGACGGGCAUAUCAAGAUUAAAGGCUCAAGAGGGAAAGAGUUCACUCUCUCUACAGCCAAAGAUGACAUGGAGGCCUACACCAAGCUGACAGGCAAUGUUUUUAUCCUCUUUCUAUAUGAUGAGACAAAGAAGCUGGCUGAGGCAAAGGAGAUUCUAAAAAGGAUCAUCUCUCGAGAUCACUACAGGUUUCUGGGUGAAACCAAGCCUAGACAAGUCCUGACCAGGGAGAAGAUUAACGGUUGGAAAGAGGAAUUGGAUCAAGCCAGACAGGAUGAUCAUGAGUUUGAACCAGUACUCAACCCCUUCACUAGGGAGGCGGCUGAGGCAUGUCGGAUUCUAUCUGAAGCCAUCUCUGGAACCGUCCCAGAAUUUCCAGAGUCAGAGUCCCAACCAGAGAAACACACAGAGGAGAGGAAACGUCGUUGGAAAGAGGAAUUAGCUGCAGCCGUCCCUGAGGGAGAUGAUGGGGUUGUCACCCUGACAGCAGAGGACUUUGUAGUUCUAGUCGCUACUUUUGACUAUGGAAUGAAAGACAAGGACCCCAUCAAGAAUGUGUAUUUCUACAACAAGAGAAAUCCUGACAAAGCAUUCAACAUCCCUGAACACCAGGUGUCCAAGCUUCUCCCAGCAUGCUUUUCUGAGCAGCUGAUCAGGGUUUACAGUAAGAAGACUGAUAAGCAGAGUGUGGAGACUUCCAGGAAGCACUUGGUCAAGUGGUGUGAAGAUAAGGGCUUGCCAAACCCUCAGGGCGUCUUCUGA